UGGACAGGACGAGCUCUCCCCCCUCGCCACCCCCCCACCCCCAGGGGGACCCCCAGGAAUGGGGAGGGUGGUGCCCACCAGCCCCCGGGGUGUGGGGGUCGCUGUGAGCUGGGGGGGGUCAGUAGGGUGAUGUGGGGCUGGCUAUGGGGACCCGAAAAUGUGUGCGGCUCAUCCCGAACACCCCCCCGUACCCUACAGUUCUGGGACCGACCCCCAUCCCUUCGUCUCCCACCCCCACAGUUCUGGGUCAGACCCCUUUCCACCCACCCCCGCACACCCCACAAGUUUUGGGGUUUGAUUCCCUUCCCCCUGCCCCUGCACUCCCCGAUUCUGGGUCAGACCCCCAAACCUCUGCCCCACUUCCUACGUGUUUUGGGGCUGAUUCCUUUCCCUCACACCACACUCCCCAAGUUCUGGGGUCGAUCCCCUUCCCCUGUCCCCCCCACUCCCAGUUGUGGGGCCGAUCCCCGCAGGAACAAAGCCCUGGGCCGGCUCCAGCCGCACCUUCCCGGGAGCGGGGCCGUGGGGAGGUGCCGUGGGGCCGCUCCCGGCUAUAAAUCCCGGCCAGAAUUCCCGCCCGGAAUUCCAUCCGUGCGUCCGUCCGUGCAGCUCUCGGGCUCCCGCCGUCGCGUCUCCGUCCCCAUGAGCUUCUCCCGCCGCACCGUCUAUUCCAGCUCCGUCCGCUCCGGCGGGAUCGGGACCCUCGGGACCCCUGGGAUCGCCCCCGGCCGCCGCUUCGCCCCUCUGGGCAGCGCCGCGAGCGUGUACGCGGGGGCGGGGGGCGCGGGGUCCCGCAUCUCCGUCACCCGCACCCUGAGCAGCGCCGGGGGGGCCUUUGGGGCCGGUUAUGGGGCCGGUUAUGGGGCCGGCCUGGGGGGCAGCGCCUUCCUGGGGAGCUCCGGGGCCGUGGCCAACGAGAAGGAGGCGAUGCAGGACCUCAACGACCGCCUGGCCGCGUACCUGGAGCAGGUGCGGAGCCUGGAGCGGGAGAACCGGCGCCUGGAGACCCAAAUCCGGGAGUUUGUGGCCCAAAAGGGGCCCAGCACUCACGACUGGAGCCCCCAAUGGGAGCUGAUCGAGGAGCUGCGGGACAAGAUCCUGGAGACCACGGUGGAGAACGCACGGACGGUGCUGCAGAUCGACAACGCGCGGCUGGCAGCCGACGACUUCCGAGUCAAGUUCGAGGCGGAGCUGGCCAUCCGGCUGUCGGUGGAUGGCGACAUCGCGGGGCUGCGCAAGGUCCUGGACGACACCAACAUGACGCGGCUGCAGCUUGAGGGGGACAUCGAGGCCCUGAACGAGGAGCUGAUCCUGCUGCGCAAGGACCACAACCAGGAAGUGCAGGACCUGCGAGCACAGGUCUCACAGUCGGCGCUGACGGUGGAGGUGGAUGCACCGCAGUCGCAGGAUUUAGGGAAGGUCCUGGGGGAGCUGCGGGCUCAGUACGACGCCCUGGCCCAGAAAAACCUGGAGGACCUGGAGAAGCAGUGGGGGCAGCAGAUCACGGAGACCACCCUGGAGGUGACGCAGAGCACAAAGGACCUGGACACGGCACGAGGCACUGUCGGGGCCCUGCGUCGCUCACUGCAGACGCUCGAGAUCGACCUCGAGGCCCUGCGCAACCAGAACGUGGGUCUGGAGGCGGCGCUGGCCGAGGCCGAGGCCCGGGCCGGGGCUCGCCUGGCGCAGGUGCAGCUCCAGGUGAGCGCGGCCGAGGCGGAGCUGCGGGACCUGCGGGCGCAGCUGCAGCGGCAGAACGAGCAGCACCGGGAGCUGCUCGGCCUCAAGGACCGGCUCGAGGCCGAGAUCGCGACAUACCGGCAGCUGCUGGAGGGGGGCGAUGGCUUCAGCCUGAGGGAUGCCCUGGACAAGGAGACCACGGCCACCACGGCGGGGACAGGGACCACCCAGCGUGUGGUCACCGAGACCAGGGAGGUGAAGGUCCGCACAUACUGAGGGGGUCAUGGGGCAUACCCGGCCUCCGAAACCCGGGGGGGCCCCCCGAGCCCCUCCAGAUCCAAAUAAAGUGCUGAUUCCCCACGAACGGGA